GGAGCCGGCCCCUCCCCCGGCGCCUCCGGUAGCUGGGUCAGGACGCUGCAACCGCGGCGCUGGACCUUGGGACUCGGAAGCUCCCGGACUACUGUCCGCCCGCCGCUUCGCUCCCGAUCACCCCGCUGGCAGGUCCCAGGUCUCCGACGGCAGAGAGACCAGCGCCGCGAAAACAGAAACAAAACCUAAGAAAUGCCUCAUUCCACAAAUAGAGAAAUGAUACUUGGCAUUGUGGUGGGAACUGCCGGAAUCAGCUUGCUGCUUUUGUGGUAUCACAAGGUUCGUAAACCAAGGACAGCAAUGGAUUUGCCUAAAUUUCUUUCUCUGGGUAAUUCGCUUGAUCUGAUGACUUUGCAAGAUGAAGUGCCUAGUGGCCAAGGAACAACAGAGAUCUUUCAAGGAAGGCAGCUUCAAAUACUGCAGAAGUUAAACGAAUUACUGACAAAUAUGGAAGAACUCAAAGAGGAAAUCAGAGUUCUUAAAGAAGCCAUUCCAAAGCUGGAGGAGUAUAUACAAGGUGAACUUGGAGGGAAGGUAGCUGUUCACAAGAUAAGUCCUCAGCACAGAGCUAGAAGAAGAAGGCUUGCCACAGUUCAAAGUUCAGCAACAAGUAAUAGUUCAGAGGAAGCAGAAAGUGAGGGAGGGUAUGUUACAGCUAAUACUGACACCGAAGAACAGAGUUUUCCAGUCCCUAAGGCGUUUAACACUCAUGUGGAGGAAUUAAAUUUAGAUGCCCUUAUUCAGAUGGCUGAUAAUUUACGAGUGAAUGAGGGCAAAAAAGUGGAGAGUUUUGAGCUGCUUUGUGACCACAAAGAAAAGUUUAGAGAUGAAAUAGAGUUUAUUUGGCGGUUUGCUCGUGCUUAUGGAGACAUGUAUGAGCUAUCUACAAAUACACAAGAAAAGAAGCAUUAUGCUAAUAUUGGAAAGACAUUAGGUGAAAAAGCUAUUAUGAGAGCACCCAAGAAUGGAUAUUGUCAUCUAUGGUAUGCAGUUUUGUGUGGCUAUGUAUCUGAGUUUGAGGGCUUACAAAACAAAAUUAACUAUGGAUAUCGCUUCAAGGAACAUCUAGAUAAAGCAAUCGAAUUUUUACCUGAAGAACCCUUUUUGUAUUACCUCAAGGGAAGAUACUGUUAUUCUGUCUCAAAACUGAGCUGGAUUGAGAGAAAAAUGGCUGCUACUCUGUUUGGAAGUAUACCGUCCUCAACUGUACAAGAAGCUUUGCAAAAUUUCCUUAAGGUUGAAGAACUACAGCCUGGGUUUUCUAAGUCCAAUUACAUGUUCAUGGCCAAGUGUUAUGCCGAUCUUAAUCAAACCGACAAUGCUGUGAAGUUCUGUAAUUUGGCGAUGUUGCUUCCUUGUAUCACCAAAGAGGAUGAAGAUGCUCAGAAAGAGGUGAAAAAAAUAAGCACUUCCUUGAAGAGGUAAAUAAAAGAACUUGCUCUUCAACAAAUCAGAUGUGGUCUACUAAAAAUUUAGUCAAAGUUGUGUUUUUUUAAUUAUCCUGUUUUCCUUUUUGAUGUAAGGGCAGUGUGCUCAGACCUGAAGGUAAAACCAUGUUUCUGCAGGAUGCAUUCCGCUGGUAGCACUACAAAACUAAUUAUGUUAUUUGGAGAAAUCUAUUUCCUAUAAUGUCACUACAAAAUGAUCUUUAAACAUGUAUGCUUUAUAUUUUUCCUAUAAAUAAUGAACUAUAGUCUUCAGAAUAUUUCCUUAAAUAAAAUAUUAAAAUCAAUUCAA